AUGUAUGUGACUGACGAGAACUAUCAAGGUCGCCUUGACAUGAUCAAGCCAAAUCUGUCCAGAAACAGACGCAAGAUGAAAGAACAUGCUAAAACAAGCCCCUGCUCUGUUGAAAAAUAUGAAGAUGAUGCGUUGGACUUCGACAGCAACACGCGGCUUGUUGGCACUUACAUGUUCGGCCGUAUGUUCCCGUCGCACACAUUCAGACACGACACCGGAAGAAGACAGUUUAGGGCUUUGUGGGUUGACUUCACUUACCUCGGUUUUUAG